CCAAAUGAUAGAUGUUCACUGCCACCUAGUGGACAAUAAAUUCAAAGAAGACCUCGAUGACGUCAUAGGACACGCUCACGCCACUGGGAUUCAGAAAAUGAUAAAUUUUCCGGAAUUCGAGUCACAAUUUGAGAAAUCAAUUGGAAUUUCGAAAAAGUGGCCUGGGAGUGUGUACACUGGAAUUGGGAUUCACCCGAUUCAGAAGCGCGGAAAAAGUGCGAAGAUGAAGCAUAUUUCAAAAAUGGAGCAAUUUUUCGUCGAGCACGAGCGUGAUAUCAUUUGUGUUGGAGAAUGUGGCUUGGAUCAUACAAUUUCUCAGUUUAAGCUCACCACGGAGGAUUUUGAGGAGCAGGAGACGGUUUUCAAGUGGCAAAUUGAUUUGGCAAAGCAUUUCGAGAAACCGUUAAAUGUUCAUUCCCGAAGUGCAGCCCGCCGUACAAUUGAGAUCCUUCUGGAAUGCCACGUGGCACCCGAUCAAGUAGUCCUUCAUGCGUUUGAUGGAACCCCAGGAGACCUGAAAUUGGGACUAGAAGCCGGUUAUUUGUUCAGUAUACCUCCGUCUUUUGGGAAAAGUGAAGAGACAACGCAACUCAUCGAAUCCAUACCACUUUCUCAACUUCUACUAGAAACCGAUUCUCCAGCAUUGGGACCGGAAAAAGGCUGCAAAAAUGUGCCGGCCAAUUUGAGAAUCUCCGCGGAAAUUGUGGCGAAAAUCAAGAAAUUGGAAAUUGAUGACAUCAUCAGUGCCACGUCAACGAAUGCGAAUAGGAUAUUCAAAUUUUGAAAUUUAGUUUUGAAGAAUAUUUGUAAAAAUUUGAAAUUUUGUUAAAGAAAUAUUUUUUUUUUCAAAUUUUCAGUUGAGUUGAGAACCCUUUAUUUUUAUCUCAAUUUUCAAAAUUUCCCCCUUUUAUUUACAUUUUCCAUAAUAUUAUUUAUGUUUCUCUCGUAACUUCUAACCUAACUCACCUUUUGUAAUGUAAUACGGUUGUUUUCGUGGUAGGGAACCUCCCUUCUCUUUGCUUGUACAAAUAUUGACACCCCCCCCCCCUUUUUUUUUUGGAA